AUGAUGACUAUACGAACAUUAACCACUAAGUCCAGUGGUAUCACAUCAGCCAUAUUUACCAGAUCAAUCUAUCUACACAAAGGUCCAAGAAUUGAAGGUCUCAAGAGAGAUCCAGAAUCAGUAUUUGUUAGUCCAAAAGGAGCCAAGUAUGGGGUUAAUGAAGAAAAUAUUGUUAAUAUUAAGAACUUUUUAGGUGAAAAAUAUGCUAUACCAGAUGAAGUAGCAUUACAAGUUAUAACUCAUAAAUCAUUUGGUAAUGGUAUUAAACCAUAUAAUGAAAAAUUACACAUUAUGGGAUCUAAAUUAUUAUCAUUAUUUUUUGUUAAACAUGUAACUAAUCCUAAAUCAACAGAUAAUACUCGUGCUAUUGAAGGUAAGAAUUUAGAUGUUUUAGGAAGUCCAAUAUCUAAAGAAUUGGUUGGUUUGAAAACUGCAGGAAAUUUCGCCAAAUUGAAUAAAUUAAAUGAUGUUAUGUUUUGGAAAAGUGCAAAUUCAACAUUAGGUUUUGAAAGUAGUGGUGAAAUGAGAGUAAGCGGACAAAUGUUGAAUGCUUUAGUUGGUGCUGUUAAUUUUUAUCAUGGUAAAGAAAAAGCUGAGCAAUUUAUUAAUGAAAAAUUAGUUGCUGGAUUUGAAAACAUUAGUAUCAAUUCAGUACUGAAUAUGUGA